AGAGCCAGUGAAAACACACGUAUAAAUUUAUACACCCAAAAAUUUAUUCGGUCGCCGGUCGUAUUCCAGAAAAGUUGUUCAAGUUUUUUUUUUCCGAAUUAAUUUUUGAAUUUUUUUUGUGCUGUCAGUAGCUUGUUAGUUUUAAUCUAAAAUGCGUGAGAUUGUACACAUCCAGGCGGGCCAAUGCGGCAACCAGAUUGGGGGAAAGUUUUGGGAGGUGAUAUCAGACGAGCACUGCAUCGACGCGACUGGAACGUACUACGGCGACAGUGAUUUGCAAUUAGAGCGGAUCAAUGUGUACUACAACGAGGCCACUGGAGCGAAGUAUGUGCCACGAGCCAUUCUAGUCGAUCUGGAGCCUGGCACCAUGGAUUCGGUGCGCUCGGGGGCCUUUGGCCAGAUCUUUCGCCCCGACAACUUUGUGUUUGGACAGUCUGGGGCGGGCAACAACUGGGCCAAGGGACACUACACGGAGGGAGCUGAGCUGGUGGACUCUGUGCUGGAUGUGGUGCGCAAGGAGUCCGAGGGCUGUGACUGCCUGCAGGGUUUCCAACUGACUCACUCGCUGGGUGGAGGCACUGGCUCCGGAAUGGGUACUUUGCUGAUCUCCAAGAUCCGCGAGGAGUAUCCCGACCGUAUCAUGAACACCUUCUCGGUGGUGCCAUCGCCCAAGGUGUCCGACACCGUGGUGGAGCCCUACAAUGCCACCCUGAGCGUGCAUCAGCUGGUGGAGAACACCGAUGAGACGUACUGCAUCGACAACGAGGCGCUGUACGACAUCUGCUUCCGCACCUUGAAGCUGACCACCCCCACCUACGGAGAUCUGAAUCACUUGGUCUCGGCCACCAUGUCCGGGGUGACCACAUGUCUGCGGUUCCCCGGCCAGUUGAAUGCCGAUCUGCGCAAGCUGGCCGUGAACAUGGUGCCCUUCCCCCGGCUGCACUUCUUCAUGCCGGGCUUUGCUCCGCUGACUUCGCGAGGAUCGCAGCAGUACCGCGCCCUCACCGUGCCAGAGCUUACCCAGCAGAUGUUCGACGCCAAGAACAUGAUGGCCGCCUGCGAUCCGCGUCACGGUCGCUACCUCACAGUGGCCGCCAUCUUCCGAGGUCGAAUGUCCAUGAAGGAGGUGGACGAGCAGAUGCUGAAUAUUCAGAACAAGAACAGCAGCUUCUUCGUCGAGUGGAUACCCAACAACUGCAAGACAGCCGUGUGCGAUAUACCGCCUCGCGGUCUCAAGAUGUCGGCCACAUUCAUUGGCAACUCAACGGCCAUCCAGGAGCUGUUCAAGCGCGUCUCCGAGCAGUUCACGGCCAUGUUCCGGCGCAAGGCCUUCUUGCAUUGGUACACUGGCGAGGGCAUGGACGAGAUGGAGUUCACCGAGGCGGAGAGCAACAUGAACGAUCUGGUGUCGGAGUAUCAGCAGUACCAGGAGGCCACUGCCGACGAAGAGGGCGAAUUCGACGAAGACGAGGAGGGUGGUGGUGACGAAUAGUCCACCUGAAACACACACUCAACACCCACCGCAAACACUCACACACUCGCACAUAUAUCAUAUCAUAUCAUAUAUCAUAUCAAUCAAU